AUGACCUUACCAGAAUUAAACGUUGAAGAGCUUCUUCAGCAGCUUACUGUUAAAGAGAAGAUCGAGUUGCUUGCCGGUAAAGACAUGUGGCAUACCGUUAACAAUACUCGACUGGGAAUUCCAUCUAUUAGAACUUCAGAUGGACCAAAUGGUGUUAGAGGAAUUAACUUCUUUGAGGGUACACCAUCAUCGUGCUUUCCAGGUGCGACAGCGCUGGGUGCAAGCUUUGAUAAUCAGCUCUUAGAGAGAGUUGGUAGUGCUCUGGCCGACGAAUGUAUCGCCAAAGGCGUGCACGUCCUCUUAGCCCCCACUAUCAACAUCCAGAGAAGCCCUCUUGGCGGUCGAGGAUUCGAAAGCUACAGCGAAGAUCCCGAAUUGAGCGGCACUUUGGCAAAAUAUUUUGUGAAGGGUUUACAAGAUAAGGGUGUGGCAGCUACAAUCAAGCACUAUGUUGGCAACGAUCAGGAAUUUGAGCGUAUGUCAAUGUCAUCCGAGAUAUCCGAGAGAGCACUUCGGGAAAUAUAUCUUCGCGCUUUUGAAAUUCCAUUAAGGGAAUCGGAACACAAGCCUUGGUCUGUAAUGACCGCUUACAAUCGUGUCAACGGUUUACACUGCUCUGAAGACCCACGCUUGUUGGGUGAUAUCCUCCGCGGUGAAUGGGGUUGGAACGGUAUGACUAUGUCUGAUUGGUUUGGUACGUAUUCGGCUGGAGAAUCUACGCAUGCCGGUCUCGAUUUGGAGAUGCCUGGUCCGUCUGUCGUCCGUGGGGCAGCUCUUCAGCGUGCUUUAACUGCAAAGAAGGUUUUUAUUGAGGACAUAGAUGCUAGAGUGAAAAAUGUUCUUGAGCUUAUCAACAAGGUCCGUAAGAGUGGCAUUGAUGAAGCCACACCAGAAAAAGUUCAUGACACACCAGAGCUUCGUCAAACACUCAGAGAAGCUGCAGCAAAUGGUGUAGUGCUACUUAAAAACGAAGAAAAUGUAAUGCCAAUCAAGAAGGGCACUACGAAGAUAUCUGUGAUCGGACCAAACGCAGAAUCUGCUAUCAUUUCCGGUGGUGGAUCUGCCGCUCUUAGAGCUUCAUACGCUGUAUCACCGCUAGACGCGAUUCGUGAGCAAGCAAAGGAGAUUGGCGCUGAGGUUGUAUACUCGCGCGGAGGAAAUGCGCACAAGCUCACCCCAUUAUUCGGCCCAGAGCUUAAGACUGCCGAUGGUAGAGCUGGCGUUGACGUGAAGUUCUACGGCAGCGAUCCAGCCGCUGGGAAGGCGAAGCCACUUCACGAGCUUUACGCGCACUCUUCGCACCUGUUCUUCAACGACAAUCUGCCUGGACCUGAGACAGUCCCAUUGACGUGUUGGGCAGAAGCAUCAGGGAUUUUUACUCCAAAUAAGACGGAUAACUAUGAAAUUGGUAUUGCUGGCGCUGGUCAAACUGAUCUCUUCGUCGACGGUGAGAGGGUUGUAGACAAUUCAACCAACCCUCAGCCAGGUACAUUAUGGUUCAACUCUGGUUCCCAAGAGCGCACAGUUGUCAAGAAGCUUGAAGAAGGUAAGCAAUACUCGAUAAUGGCUAGGCUUUAUUAUAGCAGCGAAGGUGCACAGGCUGCAGGUACACUUUCACCUCAUUCUCGGGGCGGUAUUCGAUUUGGAAUUUCUCCAAGCAAAUCUCAAGACGAGUUUCUACAGGAGGCAUUAGAUGCUUGCAAGGGUGCUGAUCUUGUUCUCUGCUUUGUCGGUCUCAACAAUGAUUUUGAAAGUGAAGGUUUUGAUCGACCAGACAUGAAACUGCCCGAUUCAGCCAACGCGUUUAUGAAUGCCAUUUCUUCAGCGCAUAGCAACACAGUGGCUAUUGUUCAAAGCGGCACACCCGUUGAAUUACCAUGGGUGGACAAAGUGAAGGGUGUGUAUCAGGCCUUUUAUGGCGGGAACGAAGUUGGGAAUGGACUUGCAGAUAUCCUGUUCGGAAGGCUCAACCCAUCUGCAAAGUUGCCACUGACUAUGCCAGUCGAGUUGAGAGACAGUCCAUCGCACCUCAACUUUGGCGGAGAGAAUGGUCGUGUGGUUUAUGCUGAAGGAGUCUUUGUGGGAUACAGGCACUUUGCAACGACUGGUAAAAAACCCCUCUUUCCAUUUGGAAAAGGAUUGAGUUAUACCUCGUUCGACGUAACUAAUGCACGUGUGGACCAGACAAGUGAUAGUCAUGACGUCUUAAUCAGGAUGAAGGUGACGAACACAGGCAGCGUCGCUGGCAGAGAGAUUAUCCAGCUUUACGUAAAUGACGUGGAGUCUCGUCUCGCUCGACCAUUCCUUGAAUUGAAAGCGUAUGCCAAAACCAACUUGAUUCUUCCUGGCGAGUCUGAGGAAGUGACUCUAAUGCUAGGCAAACGCGCCUUUAGCUAUUUCGAUGACUUUAAGAGCAGAUGGGUAAUCGAGGCGGGAGAGUUCAAGCUCUUUGUUGCGACUUCAUCGGCUGUCGAAGAUAUCAAGCAUACUUUGUCUUACUAUGUGGACAAAACUAGCGAAUUUAUCUAG